AUGGACUUCAAACGCCCUCUGGCUGGUAUUGCAAGCAUGUCUAUGGUUCCUUUGCCGACAAAGAAGGCUCGAUAUGAACCCGCUGCAUUGGCACUUGCCCAAUAUGGUGGAAGCUACGGCAGGGCUUCGUCGCAAAUCGUACCGGCUGGACAACCAGGGAGUAUUCCUCGAACUUCUGGACUACAAGCUCCCAAUAUGCUUCUAGAUGGACAUGAUAGUGAAAUUUAUUGUGGCAAGUUCUCCUCCGAUGGUAUGUUUCUGGUCAGCGCAGGUUUUGACCGACGAAUUAUGCUCUGGGAGACUUAUGGCGAUUGUCAGAAUAUCGCUACCUUGUUAGGUAAGUAG